AGAAGCUGGGAGGGAGCCUGCGGCGCCACAGCAAGCGGUGCCCAGAGCACGGAAAGCGCCCUGAGUCCCUCCAGCAUCCACCGAUUGCUGAGCUCCGAGGAGGAGCGAGGCGAGAGGGAGCCUCUGAGAGCAACAGGUGCGGGGCGCCAAGCCACUCCAGCGAGGAGAGGACGCAGCCGGCGAGGGUGAUCAGAACCCCGGCGAGGCGCAGAGAGGGGCUCUCCAUCUGCGGGCUCCUCCCAGGCUUAGUGACGGAGCCACCCAGACCCAAGACCUCUGUGCUCCCGAGACCUCCGCCCCCGCACGAGAAGCCUCAGCUUCUGGCUACCAUCCCAGCCUCCUCUGGGCCAGGCCCGGGACAAAGACAGAGAAGAGCCACCACAGAGGCACUUGCCAGGGGCGCGGCACCCGCUGUCUUGUCUCAUCGCGGAGGCUCUGGCUGAAGAUUCGAGCUUUUUCGGGGGGGUGCAAGCGGGGCUGGGGCUUCCUGGCAAUCCUCACCCAUCCUUGGAGCCUGCUUUCACCCGCACUCCCUCCCGCCACCCCGCCCUCACGCUCCCCAGCGCUGUCCCCUUAGUGGGUGAUGGAGUUGGCCACCUUGAACCUCAGCGAGGGGAACGGGAGCGAGCCAGAGCCGCUUGCCCAGGAUCUGAGGCUGCUCUUUGGCAUCGGCGUGGAAAACUUCAUCACGCUGGUGGUGUUUGGCCUGAUCUUCACGCUAGGCGUGCUGGGCAACAGCCUGGUGAUCACCGUGCUGGCGCGCAGCAAGCCGGGCAAGCCGCGCAGUACGACCAACUUGUUCAUCCUCAACCUGAGCAUCGCUGACCUGGCCUACCUGCUCUUCUGCAUCCCCUUCCAGGCCACCGUGUACGCGCUCCCCACCUGGGUGCUGGGCGCCUUCAUCUGUAAGUUCAUCCAUUACUUCUUCACCGUGUCCAUGCUGGUCAGCAUCUUCACGUUGGCCGCGAUGUCUGUGGACCGCUAUGUGGCCAUCGUACACUCGCGGCGCUCCUCCUCCCUCAGGGUGUCCCGCAACGCACUGCUGGGCGUCGGCUUCAUCUGGGCGCUCUCCAUCGCGCUGGCCUCGCCCGUGGCCUACCACCAGCGUCUCUUCCACCGGGACGCCAGCAACCAGACCUUCUGCUGGGAGCAGUGGCCCAACCAUCUGCAUAAGAAAGCCUACGUGGUGUGCACCUUUGUGUUUGGCUACCUGCUCCCUUUGUUGCUCAUCUGCUUCUGUUACGCCAAGGUCCUCAAUCAUCUGCAGAAGAAGUUGAAGAGCAUGUCAAAGAAGUCGGAGGCAUCCAAGAAAAAGACAGCGCAGACAGUCCUGGCGGUGGUGGUGGUGUUUGGGAUAUCCUGGCUGCCCCAUCAUGUCAUCCACCUCUGGGCUGAGUUCGGGGCCUUCCCGCUGACCCCGGCCUCUUUCUUCUUCAGGAUCGCGGCCCAUUGCCUGGCGUACAGCAACUCCUCAGUGAACCCUAUCAUCUACGCUUUCCUCUCGGAAAACUUCAGGAAGGCCUAUAAGCAAGUGUUCAAGUGCCGCCUUCGUAACGACUCAGCCCUCAGUGACGAUAAGGAGAACAAAAGCCGCGUCGACACGCCGCCGUCCACCAACUGCACUCACGUGUGAGGAGCGCCUGGCGCUGCGCGGUGUCCGGCGUGCGCACGUGGGCGAGGCACGGAGAAGAGAUAGUGGCUGCCGCCCGCUGCUGCAACUUGCUCUGCCAACGGCAGCUCAUAGCGUUUGACUUCCAUCCCAGUGGUGUUAAAGAGGACUUUGAUCCAUUUAGGGAAUUCCUAGGUCCACUGAAGAUUCCGUUCUAAUUGAAUUUCGUUUUUAAAAUUCUAUUCGGAAACACGAGAAGAGGCAGCAUGUGGUUUUAUGUCUCUGAACGGGUGAAAGUCGAAAAGCAACCCCGAGACACGGUCAGUUUUUUAUAGAGUAUGGACCAGCACCCCAGAGAGGUGAAGCAUAUUUGACAUCUACAUUUUAAAAGCAAAUUUAUUUAUAGAAAAAAAAAAACCUGUGUUUUGUUUCUUCAAAUUUGAGAGAAGUCAUGCUAUAGCUAUGUGUUUUAAAAUACAAUCCUGGACAGAAUGGUACAUAGGAGUCUUUUGCACCUUUGUGGAGAGGCAGCUGGGCUCAGCAGAAAGAGGCUCCUGUCAUCAGUCCAUGCAGUGAAAGGAGGCUGCUGUCAUCAGUCCAUGCAGUGGAAGGAGGCUGCUGU